GGAUACUACCCGUCAGUUGCCCCACCGACGCCGCUCGCCAGACGGGUACAGCAUUCGAUGCCACGUCCGAUACAGCGUAGCCCGUCUCUUAUUGCUCGUCCCACGUUGUUUGGCAUUCCUGCAUCUCUCGUCUUUGCAAAUGAGCUAGACGGCACUUUUGGAGCGCGAUGUCACUGCUGAUCAAAGUCCACUUGGUGGCUAGGAUCUUUGGGCUGUCCCUCAAGAGGCAGAACCGGAUGACCUUAGAAAGACCAAGUGGGCUCGGACCGUCAGCUGGGUGACAGCGCCGUGCGAUCUGCAGAAUCCCCACCACAUUUGCCCUGAGCCUUUGCAUCCACAUCGACACCGCUGUAGGAGGCUCUGCACGCUCAGAAAGGAGAACCAAGAUCUUCACAGCAACAGCGAUCUUCCAGGUCGCCUUGAGCAUGUGCAUGGCACCCUUGCAGAUACCCCAGUCCUACCUAGGCUGAGACAUGACUCACUCGAUCGUCCUGCUACAUAUCAGGGGGCAAAAGGAUGUCUCACGAUUCGAAGAAAGUUGCAAGUCGAUCGAUCUCCUACAGGAAUGUCGCCGUACAUCACUGCAAUGGCGCCGAGGAUCUGGCCGACAGUCAAUCGCACUGCGAAUGGGUGCCAGCUUCGGUGGCAUGCUGGCCAGCGGUAUUCGUGCUGCCAAGGAGGCCAUCAAUGUCUUCGACCGCCUCGAGGUCGUCGAAGAGGAGGUGAUCCGCGAGCGCGAGCCUCACCACAAGGCCAGCAUGACCUCCACCGCCUUUAUCUCCCGAACGCCCCGCCUCUCUCUCGGCGGCUCCGCCAUCGCCAAGGACGUCUCCGGCAUGACGUUCGGUCUCAUGAGUCUGAUCCGGAUCGAUGAUAGCCACUGCCCUCUCGAAGACCGAGCCUUUGCGUCCAUGCGUGUCUCUGGGGUUGCCCUUUGUUGACGGACGGGUGCCGGACAUCCCUACGAGCCUUGGGAGAAACCGCGCGCGAAUCGAUGUGGCACCGGCGUCGCCUUGUACCAUUCUCUCUCCUGAUACACCAGCGAACAC